CUAUCUCUUAUCUCGAUUUCCCUCUCUCCGUCGUCGUUUUUUCCAAUCAACCCUUUUCCUGUUUCACCACAGUUAUUUUUUCGAUUUCCCCUUUCGUCUGGGGUUUCAUAUUUUUAACUCGAGUGAAAUCUGGUCUUCCCCUGAUCCCUCCACUGUCUUUCUGCCCAUUUCGCUAUGAUUUCGUUUUCAGUGCAUUCAAAGCCGUCUGAUUUCCCUAUCUUUUUAUAACCCUGAGACGAUUGGCUUUUUGGAUUUCAGUUUUGUCAUUGUUAUCAGACUGGUAGUUUUGGCAUAUGUGGAGGAUUGAUCCGUAGACUGUUGUUGCUGUUGUCAUCUGGAUCCGAUCAGGGAUUCUGUCAUCAUUUGAAUCGAUUGUGUUGAAAAAGACUUUAUAUUUUUUGGUGAUAAAGUUUGGAUUUUUAUUUCUUCUUUAUUGGAAGAAACAAGACAGUUUUGAUCUGUUUCUAUUUAGAAGUUGAAACUCUUUGCAAGUUAGUAGAUAAGUGGGAGAGAUGAUGAUUUGAUUGAACAUGAAAAUUGUGCUUACAUUGGAACACGUAUUCCCAUCUUUUAACAGAGGGGAGCUGAGAUAUCUCUGGCUUGUUUAGCCUCGCCUGGGAAAGAAAAGAGUAGAGCUUUUACUUUGGUGGUGAAUUAUUGUUAAAAGUAGUGAGAGUUAUAUACAGAACUCUCCAACGCAGGCAUUGGAGAAUAAGUUAUGACUGCUGGGCGAUGGCCAUUGCUGUUAUCAUCAGAUCAUCCUUGUACCUUAUUGGGUCUCGAAACAACAACAGCAACGAAGAUACUGUGUCUAAUUGACAUAGUGGCUUUUGUUUGAGAUCUGUUGAUUAGAGCAGCUCUCUUCUGGGGCGCUUCUUUUACUUAAGCAGUUGUUGUCAUUGGCAUGCCCUGGAGAAAAAGAGUUGACACCUGUUUUCUUCAGGUGUAAUGGAGUUGCAGAACAGCAAUCAAAGUUCCUCUUCCUUUGAAAUCUCUAAAGGCUCUACCUUGAUGCAGGAAAAACAUGGUAUGUCACAGAGGAUUUGCCACAAAAUCAUGCAGUUUGAAGAUAAUCUUCUUCAUGGAGAGAAUCCCAGGUUGAUUUACAUUAAUGAUCCUAGGAGAACCAAUGAUAAGUAUGAGUUCACUGGGAAUGAGAUCACAACAAGCAAGUACACAGUGAUUACCUUCUUACCCAAAAAUCUUUUCAUUCAGUUCCAUCGGGUAGCCUAUUUAUAUUUUCUUGCUAUUGCUGCUCUCAACCAGCUUCCCCCUCUUGCUGUCUUUGGUAGGACAGUGUCUCUUUUCCCCCUCCUGUUUGUGCUUUGCGUGACAGCUGUUAAAGAUGGCUAUGAGGAUUGGCGAAGACACAGAUCAGACCAAAAGGAGAACAAUCGGGAAGCUCUGGUGCUUCAUGGUGAUCGGUUUCAGUUGAAAAAAUGGAAAAAAAUCCAGGCAGGUGAGGUUGUGAAAAUUCGAUCAGACGAGACAAUUCCAUGUGACAUGGUCUUGUUGAGCACUAGUGAUCCUAGUGGGCUUGCAUACAUUCAGACAAUGAAUUUGGAUGGUGAGUCAAACUUGAAAACAAGAUAUGCUAGGCAAGAAACUGUUUCUUACGUGUCCGAAGAUCCUGUAUCAGGGCUGAUCAGAGAAGAUUCUGUGUCAGGGCUGAUCAGAUGCGAGCAACCCAACAGGAAUAUUUAUGAGUUCACUGCCAAUAUGGAGUUCAAUGGGCAAAAAUUUGCCUUAAGCCAAUCAAACAUUGUUUUGCGUGGUUGUCAGUUGAAGAACACUGAAUCAAUAAUUGGUGUUGUGGUAUAUGCAGGAAAGGAAACAAAAGCAAUGUUGAACAGUGCAGCAUCUCCAUCGAAGAGAAGCAGAUUGGAAGUUUACAUGAACAGGGAAACCCUGUGGUUGUCCGUUUUUCUUUUAGUCAUGUGUUUGGUUGUGUCCUGUGGAAUGGGUCUAUGGCUUCUACGCCAUACAGAGGAGCUUGAUACUUUGCCUUAUUACAGGAAAGUGUAUUUCACACAUGGGAAGGAUAAAUUUAAAAAGUACAAAUAUUAUGGGAUUCCCAUGGAGACUUUUUUCUCCUUUUUGAGCUCUAUCAUAGUGUUUCAGAUAAUGAUACCAAUUUCUCUGUACAUUACAAUGGAAUUGGUUCGUUUGGGACAGUCAUAUUUCAUGAUUGAAGACAGACAUAUGUAUGACAGCAGCUCUGGUUCAAGGUUUCAGUGCAGAUCUUUGAAUAUAAAUGAGGAUUUGGGUCAAAUACGAUAUGUAUUUUCAGACAAAACUGGGACACUUACAGAAAACAAGAUGGAAUUUCGGAGAGCAAGUGUGUACGGGAAGAAUUAUGGGAGUUCCCGUGUGAGUGAUUCGAUAGAAGGACAGGGAACUGCAGCAGCAAAAGCUGUUGGUAGAAGGAGAUGGAAACGUAACUCGGAAAUUGCUUUUGAUAAUGAACUAAUGGAGUUGUUGACCAAAGACUUGGCUGGUGAUGAACGAAUUGCGGCACACGAGUUUUUCCUUACACUGGCUGCAUGUAACACAGUGAUCCCAAUUCCUAGUUCUGGUAGAUCUUCUAGUUGCACCGGAAGUGAAUCACUUAAUGUAGAAACUAUUGAUUAUCAGGGUGAAUCCCCAGAUGAACAAGCGCUAGUUUCUGCAGCCUCAGCAUAUGGAUACACUCUCUUUGAGCGCACAUCUGGCCAUAUUGGGAUUGAGAUUGAUGAUAAGAGAUUAAGGUUUAAUGUGUUGGGAUUGCAUGAAUUUGAUAGUGUUCGCAAAAGAAUGUCAGUCAUUAUCAGAUUUCCUGACAAUAGUGUCAAGGUGUUGGUGAAGGGUGCUGAUACUUCAAUGUUCAGUAUAUUAGCUAAAGAUUCUAACAGCAAUGACCUUGUCAGGCAUGCAACUGAAAGCCAUCUGACUGAAUAUUCAUCACAGGGCUUACGCACUCUUGUUGUUGCUGCAAGGGAUCUUACAGAUGCAGAACUUGAGCAGUGGCAGCACAUGUAUGAAGAUGCAAGCAACUCUUUAGCUGAUAGAGCUCAAAAACUUCGCCAAACAGCAUUGUUUAUUGAAUCCAACUUAAAUUUACUUGGGGCUACUGGAAUUGAGGACAAGCUACAGGAUGGUGUACCAGAAGCAAUUGAAGCCCUUCAGCAAGCAGGAAUUAAGGUCUGGGUUCUGACUGGAGAUAAACAAGAGACAGCAAUUUCAAUUGGUCUUUCUUGCAAACUUCUGUCCGCAGAUAUGCAGCAAAUAAUUAUAAACGGUCAUUCUGAGGAGGAAUGCAAAAGUCUUUUAACUGCUGCAAAAGAUAAAUAUGGUGUGAAAUCAUCCAAUAGAAAGAAGAAGAGUUCAACAUCAACAGAUAAUACUGAAAACAACCAUCUUGAUAUUCCGAAUGAUACAAAGUCUUCCAAUGUGCCAGAAGGGUGUUAUGGGAAGGAAGAAGUGAAUGCAUCACUGGCACUCAUAAUUGAUGGAAAUAGUUUGGUGUAUAUUCUGGAGAAGAAUUGGGAGACUGAUCUUUUUGACAUUGCAACUUCCUGUCGGGUUGUGCUAUGCUGUCGGGUUGCACCUUUGCAGAAAGCUGGCAUUGUUGACCUAAUCAAGAGCCGAACUGAUGAUAUGACACUGGCCAUAGGCGACGGGGCCAAUGAUGUUUCUAUGAUCCAAAUGGCGGAUGUUGGUGUCGGAAUAUGUGGUCAGGAAGGCCGCCAAGCAGUGAUGGCAUCAGACUUUGCAAUGGGGCAGUUUCGGUUUCUGAAAAGAUUACUUUUGGUACAUGGACACUGGAAUUAUCAGCGUGUUGGCUAUCUAGUUCUAUACAACUUCUACCGUAAUGCUGUUUUUGUAUUGAUGCUAUUCUGGUACAUAUUAUGCACAGCUUUUUCGACUACUUCUGCAUUAACAGAUUGGAGUAGUGUAUUUUAUUCUGUUAUAUAUACAUCAGUGCCCACUAUUUUUGUCGGUAUACUGGACAAAGACCUGAGUCAUAGGACAUUGUUACAGUAUCCAAAACUUUAUUGUGCGGGGCAUAGGCAGGAGGCGUAUAAUAUGCAUCUCUUCUGGAUCACAAUGUGUGACACUCUAUGGCAGAGUCUUGUUCUCUUCUAUAUUCCUUUGUACGUUUAUAAGGAGAGCACAAUUGAUAUCUGGAGCAUGGGCAGUUUAUGGACAAUAGCAGUAGUCAUCCUUGUUAAUAUACACCUGGCUAUGGAUAUACAGCGUUGGAUAUUUAUUACUCAUGCAGCAGUGUGGGGAUCUAUAGUUGUUACAUACGCCUGCAUGGUGAUACUGGAUUCUUUCCCUCUUUUACCCAACUACUGGACAAUCUACCAUCUGGCUAAAUUAUCAACCUAUUGGCUCACCAUUUUGCUCAUUAUAAUUGUUGCAUUGCUCCCUCGUUUUCUUCUCAAAGCUGUACAUCAAUUUUUCUGGCCUUCAGAUAUCCAAAUAGCCAGAGAAGCCGAGAUACUAAGAAAACAAGGAAGUCAUUUGAGUUCAAAACGAAAUCAGGAUUACCCGUCUUAAGAAGGCUUAUCAUGAGUUCAUUCUUCGUAUGGCUGGCUGUUGGAUUUUCAGGGAAGUGAGAUGAUUGAAGCUUAUGAUUGUGGUUCGGUGAAUUCAUAUUGCCGGUUGGAUGAGUGAAGUCGGGCAGUAAACGAAGGUUGGAAAAAUGGGAGGCGUGGAGGGGAGCUUUUGGAUCUUGAUUGAUUCUUUUGGUGUUGAGGAAGGCAGAAGGAUUUGAUGAUGAUAAUAGUAGCCUGGAAUGCCUAGCAUGGACAUAAAAUAUAAUGGUUGUAUAUGGGAGUUUGUGUAAAGAUCAUCAGGCUGACACAUUUUAUACUGAAAAAUAUGAUAGGAAAAAACAAAAAGGAAAAAGAAAAAUUGUUGAAAGAAAUGCAGGUCAUUCCAUUCAAUUCA